CCAACAUGGGUGCGCCCAGAAAGCGAACUACGGCAGCAAGCAUAUUCCUCUGUUAAAAUUGCCACCUCAGAUGAGGAGGCAUACAACUAUCUGACCCACAAAGCUAAGUAUCUCGCAGCCUAUGGACGGUCUAUAGCAGUGAAGCCAUUUGCAGACAGAAAACCCCUGCCACGCUGCCAGAACUGCCAAAGCUUUGGUCACAUGAAGAACAACUGCCAGAACGAAACACGAUGCCGCCGGUGUGGAGGGAAACACCCCGAAGAGAAACAUAACGAACACUGCGACGGAUGCAAAAUAGAAGCAGAGGCUGCCAACUGCUACCCCGACGAACUACAGACAGACUGCGACCAUAUAGUACGAUGUGCUAACUGCAUGGGGAAAGAGGGACGAGAUGAUGCACACACUGCAGAUGCAAGACGGUGCCCCGAACGCCUC